GCCCAUCCCCCUCAAAAAGUGGGAAUAUACAACAUGAAUAUGCAUCCCCCAUGCCCCCCCGCCGGAUUUCUGCCCACUCGUCCUGCACAGCAUGAUUCCUCAAUGUAGCAAUCAACAAAUGUUGAAGUCACAAUUGAAUGACAUUUGCACUUCCCUUGUCAGGCCCCACUGAGCAAUUACAGUUGGCAGUAACAUAAGCAAACUUUGUCCAGUGUGGUGUCAUGAGUACAGAUUUUUUUUCGCUUUGUGAACAGUAAAUACAUGUAUGUGCAGGAUGGCGGCUAUGUGGAAGUUUCGUUGUGCUGCCUGGGGGAUUAUCUCUUCCCUCUUGGCUGCCAUUUUAUUCAGCCAUUGCCAAUUUUUGGAGGAUUACAUGUUUUACAUCCCGCAAAUCGCUGAAGGUGUUAUAGCGAUUCUACUCCUCAUUUCUUCCUUGAUUGCCUUCCACAUCUCGUCCCUUCGAUGUUCUGAGAGCCACACGCUAACCAGCCUACUCCUGUCCUACAAACGACACCAAGGGGAACGACUUACCACGCCCUUCAACUGGGCAAAGGCCAACCACGUGUGGAAACAUCCACUAGAAACCCAGGAAGAUCUGAUUCGGGAACUGACCAGACGACAUGCCAAGACGGAGUACGGGCGCAAGAACCGUCUUGGAGAAAUCCAGUGCUUUGAUGAUCUUCGUAGGAAGCAUCCCCUGACCACCUACGGUCACUUCAAUGAUUACAUCGAGCGGCUAGCUGAUGGGGAGGAAGGGGUCUUCCUUGACGAGAAGCCCUUACGAUUUGGUGUCACUUCUGGAACCACUGGCAUUGGGAAGAAAAUACCGUACUCGAGCUUCUGGUUGGACGGGGAUACCUGGGCAUCACAAAUCGCACAUAUGGCAAUGUUUCGAGACAUUCCCGCGCCAAGCCCAGUCCAGAAGCGCUGUUUCCUCUACACCCAUCCCCAAAUCUCACUUACCAAAACCGGUCUGGUUCUUUCUCCUUACGCCUACAUCCAUCAUCGGGACACGUUGCGUUUAUCUGAUCUCAGCUCCCCUCCACCGGCUUUCACCAUCACCCAUGAGCCAUCUGCGGUGUACGUUCACAUGCUAUUCGCGAUAGCUGACCCUAAUCUGGCUCUGCUGUCUGCCAUGUUCACACCUCAACUGUACCGGGCUCUGAAGUCUCUGGAGAUCAACUGGCGAGCGAUGUUGGAUGACUUAUCUACCGGUCGAAUCAAUUGCAAGAUCCCACUGGACCCCAAUGUGCGUCAAUCCCUCAAAGAUUAUCUUAGACCGGAUUCGGCCCGUGUCUCCCAGCUGAAUAGGGAAUUCGAAAAGGGUUUUCAUGGCAUCGUGAAAAGAAUCUGGCCCCAUCUUGUGGCCAUGGAGGGAGUUGAUAUCCUGGGUUUCCGGAAGAAGCUUGAAGAAACAUACAGUUUUGGUGUUCCUUGCGUCAGCUGGGGCUACGGCUGCACAGAGAGUGGAGUUAUCUCGACCAACUUGUGGUUUCAGGAGAAAGAAACACGAUAUAUUUUCUUGCCCGGCUCAGCAGUUUUAGAAUUCAUUCCAGAGGAGAACAAUUUGGAGGAAGAUCCCAAGACUCUUCUGAUUAAUGAGGUGGUGGUUGGUGCAAGAUAUGAACUGGUAAUGACCACGCGCACCGGACUCUACCGCUAUCGAAAUGGCGACAUUAUCCAGAUUGUUGGAUUUCACGAUAACUGCCCAGCAAUGCGCAUGCUCUACAGGACAGGGGAAUAUCUGAAUUUGGUCUACGAGAAAAUGAACACCCAAGUUGUUGACGUUGCCUUAAGAGCCACUGUUGGAAGCGAUGGAAUUCAGUUGGUGGACUGGACAGGCGCUGAGAGUCCCAUUUACCAUCCUGACAAUUCGGAGCUGUACUACAUUUUGUUUGUUGAGAUCAAUCCAGGCGAGGGGAAACUGAGUGUUACCCAAGAACAAAAGGCCAAGUUUGACGAGUGUCUCCAGCAAGAUCAUUUUUACUACAAAGGCUUACGUGGCUCCAGCACCAUCUCUCCAGCCCAGAUUAAACUUGUCAGGCCGGGCACCUUCUCGGAGUUUCGGGACUUUAAUCUGUCUCACACCACGGCUUCUAUCAACCAGUACAAGACACCACGAAAGCUGAGAACACGAGAACGCAUAGAGUGGAUGAUGGAACGGGUGAUCGAGUCUGGUGCAAAAUAAAAUGCCAAGCAGUCCUCAUAAUGUAUGCAAUGAAAAACGAAUGUUUUGCAAAGUUCUAUACCCAAAUAAUGUAUUGUCUGUUAUGCUGGUACAUGGUAUCCAAAGGAAAGGUAAUAGUCUUGACGUAGUUUGCACCUAUGUCAGUUCUCAUUCUAACUGUGUCUGCCAAAUUAAAACUUCACAGAGCUUUCAGCACUGAUUAAUUAAAAAUACAUUGCCAUUGGAACCAUCUGUCUCUACAGAUAGGCAUGGGUUAAUGUGCGGCCGGCUAUUUGAUAAACGUCCAAUUAGAAUUCAUCCCGUGCUAAGUGGAAAGACAUCAAACCACUGCUACUUCUUGUUUAAGAAUAUUUUGAAUGUAACUUUUUUCAUAGAACAUGAAAUGCAGAAUAUCGCACCACUUCAUAAUCCUUUGAGCAACCUCCAGAAAUAAAUUGUUUCUACCAUUUUCUUAGAAUUGGUAUAUUGUACUCACGAUAAAAUACACAUUUUUCGAAACUCAGUGCUAUUUCUUUAUUAGUUAGAGUGCUUGAGUGUAAUGUAAGUAGAAACAUUUUUACCACUACUGGCUCAUACUGUGACGUCAUUGAAGCCCUCUCCCUUACAGCUACGGUGGAACCACAUGAGAAUAGUUGAGAUAGGUUGAUGUAUUAGCCGAUUAGUAGAGAGAACAGGAGUAUGACGCGAUCGCUAACUCACGUCGAUCGAGACAGAUUAACAAAUUACUUGAUUAGUUCAACAAAGUGAAAAUCUGUAAGCCCAGAAGGAUAUAUAACCAUUCCUAUUGAUUGCUCUAAAACUGUAUAUAUAUUUUAAGCUAGAUCUGUUUGAGUAAACCUAUUUGCACGUUAAGACUAUAAUUUUUUUACGCAGAAGCAUGCACUAUUAUAUACAUAUAGACUCUAUACCCUUUCAUGAAUCGCAUUGCCCCUCUUGUACUCAGAUCAGAAUUUCAAAUCCAUUUUUCAGAGCAAUAUAACUCAGUGGAGAAGUUCCUGCAGGGUCUUCCUGACGUGCCAGGCUACCUGGCAGGUCAAAGCCAAUCGUCAUUUAGGCCCAUCAAGCUAAUCAAUCACUAUUAGUUUCACCUCGGCUUGCUAUAUGCAUUGUUCCAAAAGCAGCAGAAACAGAAAACUUUUCAGUUGCGAGAAUAUAAGUCUUGGGACAAGACUGGAUUUGCAUUAUCUCUGCGCCACAAGCAGAAACUGAUAAUAGUAACGGUAGAGGGCACAGUCCAUAAUAGAUAGAGCGCCCUCCGUGAUUUGACUGUGCUUGCUAACACAUGUGCACCCGCGCUAUGUAUAUGUGUGCGAGAGAAAAAAAAUGCAAAUUUGAUACAGUCCGAAGCUCAAAAUUACGAAGCAUUCGUUGGGAGGUCAAAGGUCAGUCAUAUGAAUAUAUCAAAGGUCGUGGUUAGAAACGUGUCUAAUUUCGUAUACCUUUUAGGGAUAGUCCAACAUAUUGUAUUAGUUCAUUCAAGUGAAUAUAUUACGACAUGGAACAAAAGAGCUGACCUGAAAGAUAGCUGCCAUGUAAAACGUCUUAGAAUACGCCAUUGGGAGUUUCGAGAAAAGCGUCGUAAAAUGUGAGUUACGUAUACUUAAGCUUCGAGCAUCAACGUCGAAUUCAUUUUGUCAACUUGCCGACAAAAUUAAACAAGUCAUUGAUUUAAUUACAGUUGGCCUCGUUAUGCACUCGUUUUUAUUUUAUGUAUAUUCAUGUUUUUCUCUUGUGAAGAUUUUAUUCAUUUUCUUGAAAGUCAAAUGCUUAUGUAAAUAAUUAUGAGCUUUUUUAAAAGGUUCCAAGGAAUUUCACAUAUGUAUACUGUAUGUUUUCAACUUGACUUUAAACUUGAAUUAAACCCUAAAUGUUACUUUGAGGCUUCUACCAUUUGUGUGGGUAUAUACAUGUGCUUGCCUUUCCUUGCUUCCAAGAUCUUCCAUGGGAUUUCAAGCUAUUCAUGGUGACAGACAACUAAGGUGGAGAGCUUGCAGUAGCACCAUGCAAGGAUACGAUCCCUUUUUUGAGUCUGUACAGACUCAAGAAACUCAAACUCAAUAGACUCAACAGACUCAAAACCACAAGCUUUCUACCUUAAAGAUCUUCCACAUUGCUCAUUCCACGAUCCGCCGCACGACACGGAGAGCACAGGAAGGUCUGGGAUAUUUGUUUCAGCAGGGACGGGAACAGACUAUCGUAAUAAUGUUAGGACAUGCGUUAUUCAUAUCACGUGAGCGAUGAUCGUUGGAAGUUAUGCAAAUAACCUUCAACAUGCUCGUUCACGAACCACGUUUUCAAUCUGAAACAGCUGCCAACAUCAUGUUUACCAUUAUCUCAGACACUUCGAGUUAAGCACUCACAAAUUUCCUCCUAUAGUCUAUGAUGAGCGGCUAUCCGAAAAUUUUGAGCCAGUUUCAAUGUUUAUACCAUGUUGCACAUUGUCCCCUGCGGUACAGUCACGAUAUAUGAUUUCUCUGCUCGCAUGAGCAAAUUUGGCCCACAUUUCGCCCCUUAAACUCGAAAUUUACCGCAUGAAUAGUCAACACAUAUCUGGCUAUAGAUUUUUUUUAUAAAGUAAUCUAUUGACAAUAACGUAAAGGCAACGAUACAACCACCUAAACACAUCCUUUUACGGAGAAAUGUUCGGCUGAGUGAUGUCAUAAACUUUUAUGAUUAAAAGGCUCAAACGAAGCUGUUGAUUGGCUGUUGA